UAUAAGCCUCCUGAGGAUCCAGUGGCUCCCCGGUGCCACCCUGCAUCCCAAUAUCUCUUAAACUUGAUAGCAAGGUGCCACCACUUCAUUUGCCCUUUACUUCUGUUCAUGAGAAAGCACGAGCAUUGGUUGUGUUGGACACUUCUGUGUGUGUGUGUGUGUGUGUGUGUGGUGGUGGUGAUGCUUCCCCAGGCAUCUGUGUGCAGAUGCAAAUGGCUUCUUCCUCGUCCAUUAAUGUACCACUUCACUUUGUCUCUCAGAGUCUAUGGCCCAGCAGAACCUCAGACAGCAGUGUUCGCAGAUGUGUGCCCACUGCUUACAUCCCUCUUGGGUGGAUGCAACAUGUGCAUCAUGGCCUACGGGCAGAUGGGGAGUGGGAAGAGCUACACCAUGUUGAGGUCAGGUCUACCAUCAGAUGCCCACAGUGACUUGGGAAUCAUCCCCAGAGCGGUUGAGGAGCUCUUUAGGCUUAUUUUAGAAAAUCAAUCAGGAAUCCCAAAUGUGGAUGUUUCCAUAGUGGAAAUUUAUAACAGUGACAUUUUUGAUCUGGCCAAACACAAUUCUACAGUGGCAUCUGGGGUCAAGUGUGAGGUGGUGACAACCCAGGAUGGACGGACAGAGGUCCUCCUGCUGACUCGCAGGGGAGUGGGUCAGUCUCAGAAAUUUGUGGAGCUUGUCCACGGGGGCCUGCAGCUCAGGGCGAGGAACCCUACCCUGGUGCAUGCAGAUCAUUCCAGAUCUCACCCAAUCAUCAUGGUGACUCUGACUGCAGCCACCUCCUUGGCCAGCAUUGGUGAGUUGCCAUUUGCACUGGGUCAGUUCCAGUGCAGAAAAGAAAUCCACUCACCAAGAAACACUUUGUGGGGCUGCAGGAUCAAAGGUAUACUGAUGGACCUGAGAAUAGGAAUUGCAGCCGUACCAUCUAAUGAUCUGGCCUCCAAAGCCAGCAGAAUUUCCUUUUACUUCAGGCAGCCUGGUCAGACCCUCUCCGGGGAGCGAACAGGGACAGGAAAGAGCUGGAGCUCAGCUCACCAGGCUUCGCCUGGGCCCAUGCCCCUGGACCCGGUGGGCUGUAUGAAGCAAGUGUGGUCUAGGCUGCAGUUGGUGCACUUGGCCGGCAGUGAAUGUGCAGGUGUGUCGGGGGUGACAGGCUUGGCACUGACGGAGACCUUGUUCAUCAACCGUAGUAUCUCAGCCCUGGCAGAUGUCCUGGCCACUUUGUCAGAGCGCCGUGGCCACAUCCCUUACCGGAACAGCAAGCUCACCUACCUGCUGCAGGAUUCUAUCAGAGGUGAUGCAAAGUUACUGGUGAUUCUCUGUGUGUCUCCUGAGCAGAAGCACAUGGCAGAGACACUGCAGAGCCUUGGGUUUGGGACCAGAGCUUGGCAGGUCAAGCGAGGACAAGCCAGGAAGAAGCCUCCCCACUCCCAGAUGAGAGAGUUGUGCCUGGGCUCGGCCUAGGAAUGAGCUCUCCUCCCUCAAAAUGUGCUUCUUGUGCCUGCUGUA